AUGAAUGACAAAUCAACUUUAAUACAUUGGUUCCGGAAAGGGUUGCGGGUUCAUGAUAAUCCUGCAUUGACGAGGAUAUUUGAAAAAUCCCAAGGAAAUCCAACCAAAUAUUCCAUACGUCCAAUAUUUAUCCUGGAUCCCUCACUGCUUCAAUGGCUGAGGGUCGGAGCAAAUCGUUGGAGAUUUUUACAACGAAGUCUUGUGGAUUUAGAUAAACAAUUGGUGGCGCUAAAUAGUCGCCUCUAUGUGGUCAGAGGUAAUCCGAAUAAUGUCUUUCCACGGCUCUUCAAGGAAUGGCAAACGGAGUUGUUAACAUUCGAGGAGGAUAUUGAACCAUUUGCAUUAAAACGUGAUGCCGAAAUUAAGGCCAUGGCUCGCGAGCACAAUGUAGAAGUGGAAACGUUUUGGUCCCAUACAGUCUUUAAUCCGUAUACGGUAAUGCAAAAGAAUAUGGGCAAGGCUCCGCUGACCUAUCAAAAGUUUUUGGGCGUAAUAGAGAAAAUGAAAGCGCCCGAGCCAUUGGAUGUGCCAGAGAAGUUGGAAAACAAAAAUGUCAAUAAAGAUUCUCUUGAAGAGAAGAAUCCAAAUUGUUACGAUGUGCCUUUGCUGGAGGAUAUGGUUAAAAAUAUGGCUGAUUUGGGGGAGGAGAAAUUUCCUGGAGGUGAAUCGGAGGCAUUGCGGCGCAUGGAAGCCAGUUUGGCAAACAUUCCUUGGGUAACAUCAUUUGAAAAACCCAACACCUCACCAAAUUCCCUGGAACCAUCAACAACAGUAUUAAGCCCCUACCUGAAAUUCGGUUGCCUUAGCUCAAGACUAUUUCACAAGAAACUAUCUGCCAUCCUGAAGGCUCAUCCAAAACACUCCAAGCCCCCAGUAUCCCUUAUGGGCCAGCUAUAUUGGCGUGAAUUUUAUUAUACCGCAGCCACAGCAGAACCCAACUUUGAUCGCAUGAUGGGCAACAGCAUCUGCAUGCAAAUUCCAUGGCAAUGCAAUGAUGCCCACCUGGAGGCAUGGACAUAUGGUCGCACCGGUUAUCCCUUCAUUGAUGCCAUUAUGCGCCAGCUUCGCCAAGAAGGAUGGAUACACCAUUUGGCCCGACAUGCUGUUGCCUGCUUCUUGACACGCGGUGAUUUAUGGAUAUCUUGGGAGGAAGGACAAAAAGUAUUCGAAGAAUUAUUACUGGAUCAAGAUUGGGCCCUCAAUGCCGGCAAUUGGAUGUGGCUAUCGGCUUCGGCAUUUUUCCAUCAAUAUUUUCGUGUCUAUAGUCCGGUGGCAUUUGGUAAAAAGACCGAUCCCACUGGGGCUUAUAUACGUAAAUAUGUUCCCGAAUUAGCAAAAUAUCCAGCCGGAGCUAUAUACGAACCAUGGAAAGUCGCCUUGGGUGAUCAGAGGAAAUAUGGUUGCGUUAUUGGGACGGAUUAUCCGCAUCGCAUCGUAAAUCAUGAUGUGGUGCAUAAGGAGAAUAUUAAACGCAUGUCGGCGGCCUAUAAGGUUAAUCGGGAGGUUAAAACGGGAAAAGAAGACCCGCAAGAUGGUGGGGAUGCAAAGAAGAGGAAACGAGAGGCUGGAAAUGGUGGCAGUGGUGGUUCGAAAAGUAAGAAGGCAAAGAAAUAA